AUUAAUGAUAAUAAGAGUUCUGGCGGAAGAGUUGAAUUAGAAGUGAAUGAUGUUAAUGAGAAAGUAGCCGAAAAAGCAGACAAAAAUGAGCUUUUAGCUCUGAGUGAUAAAGUCAAGAACCACGUUCAUUAUAUAACUUCAGACGAACAGAUUAUAACGGACUACCAUGGAUAUUUAACACGAAGUGAUGAAGCGAAAACAAAAAAUGUUAAUGAAACAAGAUAUAAAUGCAUUCGUGCUAAAGGUUAUGACAUAAGCUGUACUGUACAGUAUGAUGUAGCUAAAGCACCAGAAGCAUUUGGUUAUACCGGUGAAAUUUAUGCCUCUACUUUCAAUGUUAACGGUGUAUUAGUUGAACCAAGAUUUACUUUGAGAGUUAAGGCAAAAAUAACUUUUGAAGAUGCUAUUAAAAGUAAAGCCAGCAAAGAUGAACUUGAAGCAAUGAACAAAGUUUUGAAAUCUCAUAAGCACAAUAUCUCCGAUAUAAAUGAACUUCAAGCUACAUUAAAUAGUAAAGCUGACAAGAACCAUACACAUGAAUCCUUCACUACUGUUAGAGCAGACGACAUAAUAUUGAACUAUACCCUCGGUUCAAGUGCACCUUUAGAGAAUCCGAGUACAAGUGUAAAAGAUACACUAAACAAUUUAGAUAACUAUUGCAGGAACAAUGAUCAAUAUGUCAGAAACUUUGAAGCAUACACACUACCAACAAUGUUAGACAAGAAAGCCGACAAGAACCAUACACAUGAAGAAUUUCAAACAAUCAAGAUUAAAGAAAUUAAGGCAUGCAUCGAAAUAGUAACAAAAACAGGAAGAAACGGUGCAACUGUACAUGAACAAAGAAUUUAUCCUCCUACUUUUCCUAAUGGUUUAAUAACAAACAAUAUAAAUAUUGUAGAUGGCAAUGGAUUUAUAAAUGUUAAACAUGAACUUCAAACAAUGAAGACUCAGGUUCUUGAAACCAUAUAUCCUAUAGGCUCUAUUUAUACGUCAAUGAAUUCAACAAAUCCAGCAAGUGUUUUAGGUUUUGGUACGUGGGAACAGAUUGUAGACAAAUUCUUAUACUGUGCUAACUCUUCAAAGCAAACAGGAGGUUCGAAGAAAAUUAAAGAAGCAAACCUUCCACCGCACACUCAUACAGGAACGACAAACUUUUCUGGCGACCAUAACCACUCAUUAAGAGACCACCCAUUAUACAACUCAGACUAUGAAGCUGGCAAUGACGUUUUAUCUCCAUCUUAUAACAAUUCAGCAAAAAAGACUUUUCGACCAACUGAACCAGGAGGAAAUCAUGUCCAUACUUUCACAACAAAUCCAACAGGCUUGGGUAAAGAUUACAUGCCACCAUUUAUGACUGUAUUCGCAUGGUACCGCGUUCAAUGA